AUGAGGCUCCCCGCUGUCACACCAUCCGUCACCCUCUCGAUAUCCUCCGUGGCUUUGAUCGUCGCCACUCAAAUUGAAUCUGCCUCCAUGCCAGCUACUGUCCCUGAGAUCGUCAGUAUAGCCAUUGCUCUUCGACCACAAGCGGACAACGACUCUGUCCACUCCCACCAGCGUCGCCGUCGUGAGGAGGCGACCCUGACUCUUCACAAGCAUGCAUCAAUGUCAGACGGUCCCAAGUGA